CUCUCUCGUAACCCCACUGCAGGCCUCAUAUCACAGUGUAAGUCUUCUUUCAUCGUUACCUCUUAUAAGUUUCAAACGCGGAUCGAGGCAACAUUGCUGGAUUUUUGACGGAUGGAUCUGAGGGCCUGGAAGCUGUCCAUGCCGCAGGAAGGGAAUUUUCUUCCGUUCACAGAUCACACGCUAUCCACACCCUCAUCAAGCAUCCGUUGCCAUUAUGGGUGACGAAGCCCCCGAGCCGAUGCUCGAUACUGGGCGUCAUCUCAAAUACUGGAAAAUGUGUCUGGAUCGACCUCUCCCUCACCACUACCUCUCUAACGAGGGAAUUCGCAUGACCCUCGCCUACUUUAUCAUCAACUCCAUCUGCAUCCUCACCCCUCGGACGCCGGACGGAAAGCUAGCUUCACAAACGAAGCCACUGAUCCCCCCUGAAGAUCGCAGGAAGCUCAGAGAAUGGAUACUCUCGCACCAACAACCUGGCGGCGGCUUCGCUGCAACCUCAUCCCUCGUUUUUCCACUUCAAGGCCACGAGUUCUGGGCCUCCGAGACCGGCACGCAGACCACGGAGGGCCCCGGCGUAGGAAACUUGCCGGCAACGCUAUUCGCUCUGCAACUCCUUGCGCUUCUGGAUGAAGAAGGGCAUGAGGCAGGGGCAUUUAACGGGGUGGACAGAGUGCAGACGCUGCGAUGGCUGAGAAGGCUGCAGCGUGACGACGGGAGUUUUGGCGAGGUGCUGACGCAGCUACCUGGGCAUGGCUGGUUCAUCGGCGGCGGAUACGACAUGCGAUACUGCUACAUUGCCGCGGCGAUACGCUGGAUGUUGCGAGGAGAUGUGAAACAGGGUGAGCCGGGCUGGGUUGAAGAUUUUGAUACCCAAGGACUGGCGAACUAUAUACUCAGGAGUCAGACUUACGAUGGGGGGUUCGCUGGGAGCUCGCAGGAAGAACCUCACGCUGGCUACGCCUACUGUGCAAUUGGAGCCCUCUCCCUCCUCGAUCGGCCUUUGGAAAACAGUACUGCCUGGCACCCAAGCGAAAUGCUUCACUCCGGUAUCCGCAAUAUGCCGGGUCUCAUACACUGGCUCACAUCCCGCCAAUUUGCCUACCUGGACCCUAACUCAUAUCCCAUCGUGACGGACAACCAAGGCGACGACGGCGCUGAUGAAGCGGUCAACUUCCUUCUUCCCAAACGGCUAGCGGACCUUUCCAUCUCCGAGAACCUCCGGCACGUGGCCUGCAAUGGCCGCUGCAACAAGGUGGCCGAUACGUGCUACUCAUGGUGGGUCGCUGCCGCGCUCGCCAACUUGGGCAGGACGGACCUCAUCGACUGGAAGUCGGCGCGGCGGUUCCUCCUCGACAAGAUGGCUCACCAUGUUGUCGGUGGCUUCAGCAAGCACCCCGGCGGUCCGCCUGACGUAUACCAUGGCUGCUUUGGGCUUGCGGCGUUGGCUAUCAUGGGCGAGCCGGGCCUGAACCAGGUAGAUAGCGCGCUGGCGGUCCCGGUUUAUACAGUGAGAGUGAUUGAGAAGGCCAGGGCUGCGUUGGUUAGGCGGGCAAUGGAGGAGGGGAAAGCGAGUCUGCUGACUAGAGAGGCCAUCCAGAUGGGGUUGGCCAUGAGAGGAGGGGGGACGCCGGCUUGGUUGGUUGCUGUCGGCGGUUACUUCGGCUCAUGAAAAGAUAUUCCUCGUACUGCUCUAGGCCAUCUAUUAUCUAUGAUGUGGUAUCUCCGGUGUAGAGGAUAGGUAGAUAUGGUCCCAGAUACCCCAUCAGGGACCAAGAUGAUGCGGCCUGCACGAGGGGAACCGUGCUUUGGCAAGCCUGAAAGUUCUUGUUCCUCGAGUCAGCUCCCAUUCCAGAAACUCCAGGAACAAUACCGGUUCUUUUUUGAGACAAUAGGUCUUGUAAACUUGUCGGUCGCAUCAACCUUACCGCUAUGGAGAGUUAAGAUGCAUCAAGUACUCUUCCAAAACCUGACCUCAUCCCGAGAACAUCACCUAGUUGCUUUGCAAUACGCUGCUCAAGUCGAACUUUCCAUCCG